AUGGAAUUCAAUGUUUAUCAGGAAACGUGGAAACCCUUGUUGAAAGAUCAGGGUUUUGAUUCCAUUUUUCAAAAAAAGAAGCCCCCGGCCUACUGGAUGAAAAGCGAAGACCAGUUAGAUGGUGUGUCUAUUUUUGUCAAUUCCAAUAAAUUUGACCUCCUUAGCUACGAGCCAGUCGAAUACUCUGAACACUUUCAAAAUCCCGAACAUUUCACUCCAACUCGCGACUUAAGAGAACGUGCUAUGUCCAGAAAUACUGUUGCUCUCAUUGCAACAGUAAGACACAAGAAGACAGGAACUAUCAUAUUUGUGACGAACACACACCUGUAUUGGUCUCCUGAAUUCCCCGAUGUCAAACUUUUGCAAACGUACUUGCUCGUUCGUUUACUCAGGAGAACAAUGAGAAAUUAUUAUAAAGUAAAUGACCAUCAGCUCAAAGAGAUUAUGCGCAUGGGAGAAGCGAGUGUUCUUUUAGUUGGGGAUUUCAAUUCCACUCCUGACUCCAUGGUUUAUGAGUUUCUACAAAACGGCUCACUGAACAUCGCUAAAGACACCCGGUUCAAUUAUGACUAUGGCGAGCUGGAGGGUGCUAUAUUGAAAACCGGUCUUCUAGGAUUUGAGUCUCAGUACAGAUCUUUGGUAAACUCCUCUGAAUUUCAGUGCCGUGAGCAUAGUCAACCUUUCAAAAGAUUUAUUGAUUAUAUUUGGGUGAACAAACACAGCAAGAAUUUGACACCUAUUCGAGUUCUCGGUGACAUAGAUAUUGACUGUGUGGAUGAGUUUUCAUGGUUUCCUAAUGAAUCAUAUCCAAGCGAUCAUCUUCCAAUGCUAGCUCAAUUUGGAAUAACUUAA